CGCUCCCCCGGUCCGUGCUUAAGAAGUGGGAUCGAGGGCGCGCAGUGCGAGAGUAGCGAGGGCUCGGUCGACUUCUCCGUACCGUGUCGUCGUCAUCGUCGGGAACGACGAGAACUACCCCUCUGUGCGCGACACAAGUUCCGAGGAAAUCACAGCCGAUUCGUGUAAAACUCCGGGAGGUACAAGCCGGAGUUAAUCGUGAUGAAACAUUUGUUGUACGUCGUAAUCGCGUGACCGGUUGUCAUUCCUAUGACGGGGAGAUGUGUUUAAUUACGCGUGAGUGACAAUUAGUAGCAUUUAAUUCGUGUCGCACAUCCAUAAUUUCAAAUAAUAAACUAGGUCGCGAUUUUCGGUUGAUGAGGGAGCAACCGGUUAUCAAUCACUCAUGAUAAUUGUACGGAGAUCGACGCAAUACUCUGAUAUUCACCGGCAGUGACGUAUUGUUGUGCGCGCGUUCUUGAAAGACGGAGCUACAAGGACGAGACGACGAGCGCGGCGAACAAAAGCGGAGCGUAGUAACGAAGGCAUGCCGGGAAAGAUAAUAUCGAGGCGGAGAACUGAUUGAAAGGAGAGAAAAUGGCUACUAUCGAGGCCGCUAGUGAAAUGCGUGCGUUGCGUCGGGCGAUAUGGUUCAGUGCCGUGCUAUUAGCAACGACGCCGUUGGCCUACACUCAAGUAACGUGGACGCCGAUCUACGUGGGAGGUUACAGUCAAGUUGAUCUCUGGACGCAAAGUACAACAGGGUGUUCCUGCACUUUCAAUUCGUCCAGCAAGAAUUGCGCUUGCUGCGUACCAUCGGGCGGAUGCAGCUGCGGCGCAGCCUCGCCCGACAGAUGUGCUCAGUGCGGGCUGGAGCAACAUUGUGCGAAUAUGUGCAACAUAACGUUAGACAGCGCAGCGCUGUUCAGCAAAUCGGAUCGUGGCUUCGGGCAAAUAAAAUCACCGUAUCUUCAAGGACCCUCGAGGUGUACAUACAGAUUCGUGCCGGAUACUGGACAGCGGGUCGAGCUGCAGAUAUAUCGACUGGUAUCCAUCGGCCGGCACAACGGCACCGCGUGCGAGGGCGGUUGGCUUCAGUUGGAGGGCAGCGCUCGCGUCUGCGGUCUCAACCAACGCUUCGACCGGCCGGUCGUGCUCUUCUCGGACAAGCCAGUCGCGACUCUACAUAUGCAAAUAAACGAGAACACAACGCGGUCCCAGUUCCUGGCCUACUUCAGCUUCUCGUCCAAAGCGAGCACGUCUGUCGGCUGGCCGGUGAGGGGCGGACAUCCGGUUAACAACACGGAAUGUGAUUCGGUGUACGAGGACACGGAUUGCCACGACGGGUGCAUUCUGGCUAGUCCCGGAUAUCCCGGACUGUAUCCGCCAAACAUUCGUUGCCGGUAUCUGAUCACUUCUAGCCGGCGGAUCUCCAUUGCCAUCAACUUCACGGCGGUGCUUCUUCCCGACAACCACUGCACCAGUGACUACAUCGCCGUCUAUUCGGGCCCCAAUACGUCGAGUUCAUUGCUGAAGAUGCUCUGCGGUAAAGAGAAAACAGCACUGAUGCAUGACGGCCCGGAACUCCUCGUCGAGUUCAGAGCUGGUCCUGAGGUACAUCCCUUCGAUUACAACGGCUUCGUUGCGACGCUGAAUUUUAUAGAAUUAACUACGGAAGCCCCAACGACAAUUGCUGCCGAUAUCACGAAUAAAACUUUCGAGGUGAUAAAGUCCGGCAGCUACAACCACCGCGACCUGCACGACCACCGUAAGGACCCCGGGGCUGUGAACAGCUGCGACCUCGAGGUGAGUGGCGAGAAGGUUCGGGCAGGUCACCACGACACCAGAGGCAAGCCUAAGUCCACUACUUGCAGGCUUGUGCUGCGUGGUCGCGCUUAUGACACCGGACACGUUUCCCUGACCAGUUUCAACCUCAGCGCGCCGUCCUGCCAGUCGUCGAUCGAGAUAUUCGAUGGUUCGCCGGAGAGCGAAGUUUUGGGUACCGCCAAUUCCUUGGAGAAGAUCUGCAGUCCCGCGCAAUGGCCCGCGGGUCAACAAAACAAAUACGUCGAGCCGAAGAGACGUUCAUCCAACGGCCGGGACAUGACGGUGGUUUUAACGCGCGCCUCAAACAGUCCCACCGACGAGGAGUACAUGGAGGUCUCGUACUACUUCCACGACGAACGCGAGGGCGGUACUCAGCAGCCGGACAGCAUGUGUGACGUCGAAUAUUUCGGACUGACGUCACCGGUGGAGGGCUCGGUGGUGCGUCCGGAACCGCACCGAUUACAGUCCCACGAAGGUGAAGUGUUGAAGUGCAAGCAGCACUUUAUACCGGCGCCCAACCAGUCGGUGGUCAUUACUGUGAAAGGUAGCACGAAACAGACACCGAAUAAUCCGUGCGAAACCAAGUGCGGAGACAGCGGCUGCCACUGCGUCAGCAAGUCCUUGGAGAGCAUAGACCACCUUCUGCUCGUCUCCGAGACCGGACACAUUGUCACCUGUCUCUGCGGAAAUUACCAGGAUUGGCUUCCCGUCGGCAUUCGAAGCUGGACUCCGGUCUACAUUGAGUGGUCGAAGUCGUCAACGGCGGGCCUCAAUUUCAACGCGGCUUACAAGUUUAUCAAUGACACUUACUGCGGCGAUCAUACGACUGCCGAACUGGAAGGCGAGGUCAAUGGCGGUGAUCUGGCGAGCGCCGGGCUCAAGCUGAAUCAGUACUACCAGCAGAAGUGCACCUGGAUUCUGGAUUCGUCGAUCGACCGGCAGCUCAUCAUCGAAGUCAAGUCCACUCAAAGCCGUCCGUGCACGGCGUGGAAUCUGACGAUACACGAGUACCGAAAGGAGGGAGAUCCCGCCGGACCCAGAUUACACACGUUCUGCUCGAGGGACACGCACAAGAAUUUCACUCUGCCGUGGAAAAUGAACACCGCAGUGGUUAGACUCCAGGCGCUCGGAAGAACCGCUCCGCAGUACACGAUGAAAUGGCGAAGUCAGACGGUGAUCGCCAACACUCGCAAGAGCGGGCCAUCGCCACCGCCGAACUGGCACGUGGUAGACUCGUCGAGUAAAGCUGAAUUGCGAGGACUUACCCUCGUCUUUGUCGUGCUCGCGAUUCUGCUUGUGUGACCGUUCGAUUGUUGAGACUGAGCAACGCUCGGGGCAAAAUGCACGCGUCUACGCACAUUACGUUCCUGUUGAGAAAUCGAACGAACUAUAAAAAUGAUAAUCUCACGUGUACAUAAACGUCGAGAACUCGUGUGUCAGUUCUUGUUUUACGUUACUCGAUGUAAGAUGUUUAAAAGAAGAGAAAAAAAAAUCAUCACAGUAUAAUUGAUCGAAAGACGGAGAGAUUUUGCGAGUUGGUUCGUUGACUACUUUGACUGCGUAAUUUUCUCACGAGAUAAAAAAAACAAUUUUCAACGCAGAAAAGAAUAUCACAUCGCGUGAAGAAUAAAUUCGGAGAAAUUUUUAAUGACCCUUGGAUCUCUCUAUAUUUUCACUCUGUACACGCGAUCCGAUAUAUUUCACGGUGUGAUAGAGUUAACGAAUCAGUUUGUUUGAUCUUCGAUCAAAUCGUACAUAUACGCAUAUUAUACACACACAUAUAUGUCGAAAAAGUAAGAGAAAAGGAGUGAUAAUCAGCACGUCUAAACGCAAUUACUUAGCUCGCACAGUCACAGUCGACUGUUACUUGAUCUAAAAAAAAAAAAAUGAAUGAAAUAAAUUGUAGCCUCUAUAUUUUUUACUGUUUGUUCUAUUAAUUUCUCGAUUCUCUAAUUUUGUUAACUAUUUUUGAUUAUUUUUCAGAAUAUUACUGCCGUACGAUUCAGUCGUCUUUGAAACGUUCUAGUUUUUGAAACAGUUUAUAAAUUUAAAGUAGUAUUGUUAUAAAUAUUCAAUAAAAAUCUGUAUUGACUUGUACAUCGAAAUUACAAAUCCACUUUUUGAAAAAAAUAAAUAAAUAAAUAAAUUGUAAGUGCUGCGUUUUUCACAAUAUUUUUCACAAUUUUCAUCGUACUUUUGGCCUCUUAUAUACUGAAGCCAAAGAGAAACGGCAUGUGUAUAUAUUAUACAUAUACAAGAAAAAAUUAAUAUGGCAAGAAUGCGAUGCACGGAUUUGAAGUAGCAAGACUUACACGAAUCACUUCUCCCUUUCUCUCGCACGCGAAUGCCAAAUUAAACGUGUAAGAGAUUACCAACCACGUAGCGCGACAUGUGUACAUAUAGGUGACAAGCGUCGAUAGGAUUUGUACAGAAACACGAUUAAUUGUCUAAGUCUGCGGGUUACUGUAAAGUAAACGAUAAGACGUAUAAUUAAUCUUACGCGAAUGCGAACGUGAACGAAGAAAGAGUGUUGUAUUUUAACGAACGAGCUUCGCGCGUGUGCCGGGGGAGGCACCUCGCGAUUUAUUGUUAUCCGGUUUGGCGGCUGAACGGCUUUUAAUUUUUCUUCGUUUUCGAAGAAAUUCUCGAUUUCUUCUCUUGCUGAGAAGUCCGAGGUAGUAAUCCAUUUGCUUUUCGCAUAAUUUUCAAGAAAUAAAACGCGCCGAUCUGCCGGCAAACUCACAAUUGAUUAUUGAGAAGAUAUAGAGUGGGAAAUAAAUGCUAGGUCGUAAAAUAAAUUAUGUACACACUCACCGCCGGUAGAGAAUAAGUUGCAGCAGAGAUCAUGUAUUCCAGCUGUAUAAUAAUGCGCGCGCGCGCAAGUGUUUCUACGAUUUUUCCAUUAAUUUUGUAAUCGAAGUUCUCGUCACGAGUUCUUUUCUUAUGUGUAAUCUAAUAUGUAAAGCAAACGUGUUGGCCUAAGCAUGAUAAUAUAGCGUUAUUAGUCAUGUUUCCGUAUUUUCACCGCGAGGACAUCUUUUAACCAAAAACGCAUUCUUCUAUAAUGUAUAUAUAUUUAUUUUUCUCUCUUCCCUACUAUAAUAAUACUCUAGAAUAAAUUAAAGGAGUAUUAUUGAUACGUUAUACUUACCAUAUCAAGAGUUUUGUCCAAAGAGUUUAGUAUAUUCAUUGCUGUAGAUAAUAUAGAUCGAUUAUUUUUACACCUGUCGUCACUUUUAAUCAGCUAAAUUCGUGUUUAGCAAGUGAGCGCGAAAAGAGGCACUCGUUAAUACGUUGUGUUAUAAUUAUAAGAUAAGCAAAUUGUACUCUUCGAAAAAAAACCUCGUCAAAACAAAUAUGAAAGUCCUUAUCUAACUUACUUAUCGGAAGAAUAUCGACUGACGCAAAUGUGAACGAAAUUAACGCAUAGCCAAUUUAUAUGAGGAACGUAGAUUGUGAGAAGAUUACGCGCGAGGAGUUUUUUUGAAUUUUUUAAACACGACAAACGUUACGCACCCGUUGUGUUCAAUACUUGCGUGUUUAUACGUUCUAUUAUUACUGCGCAUCUGUACAAUAGCUGGCUUUUUUAUUUAACCAGCAUACCGGUUUUACGCAAAAAAAAACAAAACAAAAAAAAAACACAUGCGACCUACGAAAGAAAAAUACGUGUUACAUGUAUUAGUCGUAUAUAUGAAUCACAAUAAAUAGUCA